CUCAACUCUCAAAUCUCAAAUCUCAAAUCUCAAAUGUCUCAGCUUCUUCACGUUCACCGUCUCUCUCUCCCACAAUCGUCUCUUCGUUUCAGAUUCCCGCCUUUACAUCGGCGCCGUGCAGCUUCGUCGCCGUCUAACUCAACUGAAUCCACCGUGUUUCGUUCUCUCACAGUCUCCAGAUCUCAAAUAACUUGCAGAUUCAGCCAAUCAGAUAUUACGCCACAAUUUGAAUUGGAUAAAGCACAAGACAAUCGAAAACCACAAAAGCGAGCGAAUGGCAUAUUUUGGAUCAUACUUAUCAAUCUUGGCAUAUAUGUUGCUGAUCACUUCUUUCAGGUUCGCGGGAUCAAAUCUUUGUAUUUGUAUCACAAUUUUCCGGCAUGGUACCAAUUUGUGACUGCUACAUUCUGUCAUGCUAACUGGAACCAUCUCUCCAGCAAUCUUUUUUUCUUGUACAUCUUUGGAAAGCUUGUUGAAGAAGAAGAAGGAAACUUUGGUUUGUGGCUCUCCUACUUGUUCACUGGUGUUGGAGCUAACCUGGUUUCUUGGUUAGUUUUACCGAGAAAUGCUGUUUCUGUUGGAGCCUCAGGAGCUGUUUUUGGGUUAUUUGCAAUCAGUGUCCUCGUCAAGAUGUCUUGGGAUUGGAGGAAAAUCCUUGAAGUUCUUAUAUUGGGUCAGUUCGUUGUUGAGAGGGUAAUGGAAGCAGCUCAGGCGUCGGCUGGAUUAUCAGGAACUAUAUAUGGUGGCUACUCUUUACAAACUGUUAAUCACAUUGCGCAUCUCUCUGGUGCUCUUGUUGGUGUUGUUUUAGUUUGGCUUCUCAGCAAAUUUCCUUCGGAAUCUGUGGAUCAAGAAGUUAAAAAGUCCCCGCAAAAGUGAGGAGACAAUCGGGAUAACCUUUUCUUGUAAGGAACAUACUAGCUGUCCAGUGAACGCAAGGCAGAUGAAACGAUUGAUAGAUUGACAGAAUAUCCUUGUAAAAAUCUGAAGAACGGGCUCUAAUCCGAGUUUCUUGGAGUACUAGUUCUUUUGCAGCAGAAUUUUACGCUAGUUAAGAAGGGUUUUCUCCAAAUUUGUGAGUAUGCAGUUAUUGAACACAGCAACUGUACAAAUAUCAUUUUUAUAUAAGACCAUUCUGUCGUAAUGUACUGUCUGGCCUCGGUUCAGCCAAAGCCAGUUUCAAGAAGAUAGUAUAUAUUUUUCCGCAUAA